CGCACUUACACAAGAUGACGGGGGUGUUGCGGGUUGCAUGCUCACGCUGCGUUUUGCCUCGGUUUCUGGCCCAUGCAACACCUACAGCGACAACAAACUCAAGAACAACAGCAGCAUUGGCAGCAAGGCGAUUGAAAACAACCAUGGCCACCCGCAAGGAAAGCGAUUCCAUGGGAACCAUGGAAGUCCCCGCAGACAGCCUGUAUGGUGCGCAGACUGCCAGAUCUCUGAUGAACUUUGACAUUGGCACCGACAUUCUUCCCCGCGCCAUGAUCCGCGCCCUGGGCGUGCUGAAGCUGUCUGCAUGCCGUGCAAACCACGAGCUCGAGCAGCUACCGGCGGACAUUGUGCCUGCCAUGGAACAGGCGUGCCAGGAGGUAAUUGACGGCAAGCACGACGAGCACUUCCCGCUGCGCAUCUGGCAGACGGGCUCGGGCACGCAGUCCAACAUGAACUCCAACGAGGUCAUCGCCAACCGCGCCAUCCAGAUUCUCGGUGGCGAGCUUGGCAGCAAGACGCCCGUGCAUCCUAACGAUCACGUCAACCGCGCCCAGUCGUCAAACGACACAUAUCCAACAGCCAUGCACAUUGCCGCCGCAGAGGAGGUGACGCACAAGCUGGUGCCGGCGCUGAUGGAGCUGCGUGACGGGCUGGAGGCAAAGCGUGCCGAGUUCAAGGACAUUGUCAAGUGCGGACGCACCCACCUCAUGGACGCAACGCCGCUCACCCUUGGCCAAGAGUUCUCUGGCUACGUGUACCAGCUUGACCAGGCGCUGGCCCGCGUGCAGUCUGCCCUUCCGCAUGUGUACGAGCUCGCCAUCGGCGGCACUGCCGUCGGUACGGGGCUCAACACCCACCCGCAGUUUGGCGACAAGGUUGCCAAGCACGUGGCUGCCAUCACAAGCCUCCCCUUCAAGACAUCGCCAAACCGCUUCGCAAGCCUCGCAGCGCACGAUCCGCUCGUUGCACUGUCGUCGCAGAUGAAGAACGCAGCUGUAGCCAUCAUGAAGAUUGCAAACGACAUCCGCCUCCUCGGCUCCGGCCCGCGCUGCGGCCUUGGCGAAAUCCUCCUGCCUGCCAACGAGCCCGGGAGCAGCAUCAUGCCUGGGAAGGUGAACCCGACGCAGUGCGAGGCCAUCACGAUGGUGUGCUGCCAGGUCAUUGGCAACGACGCUGCCGUCACCGCUGGCGGUAUGCAGGGGCACCUCGAACUCAACGUCUUCAAGCCGAUGAUCAUCCACAACGUCCUCCACUCCUGCACGCUGCUGUCUGAUUCGUGCCGUGCGUUUACGGAGCGGUGUGUUGUUGGCAUUGAGGCGAACCAGGAGGCCAUCAGCGCACACCUCCGCAACUCUCUCAUGCUCGUCACUGCCCUCAACCCGCACAUCGGCUACGACAAGGGAGCUGAGGUUGCGAAAAAGGCGCACAAGGAAGGCACGACCCUCAAGCAGGCUGCGCUUGCGCUUGGCGUGGUCACCGAGGAGCAGUUUGAUGCCAUUGUCGACCCGGCAAAGAUGACCGGCCCCAUGGCCUAA